AUGGCUGCGCCGCAGCACAUGGUCGAUUCCUCGCUUGAUGAUCUCACGCCAGGACUUGUCACGCUCGUCAUAGACAAAGUGGGUGCCAGUAUUAAUCACUGCCGCGCUCACGCUGCAGCACAGGAUGAAACGAUACGCAGGCUCGCAGCAGAGAUCAACAGCGCGAGGGAGACUGGGGAGCUACAACUGAAAACCCUGGACAACCAAGGUGCCUAUAUCAGAAGCCUGGAACACGAUAUGGCGCAGCUGUGA